CGAUAUUCAACGCAUGGUUAAUACACCUACGGUUUGGAUAUUUCUUGUACUUUGCUAUUGAUACAGCCCUUCGUAUCCAGCUCUUGUCCAUAAAUCUCUACAUAAUAAUUCCUGGGUCGCUUCCGCCCUCCAACCGCCAUCGGGCUAAUCCCUCCUCCAUCACACUACGCAUGAACGCAAGAUCCCUUCGCCGGCUAGCAGCCGACCAUGCCUCCCUCCACAAUGCCGGCCUCCCCCCCAACUAUCUCUUCCCUUCUCCCGAGCCCUCAGGGGACGACCUCACCCAACUCGACGUCCUCCUCGCCGGCCCCGAAUCGACCCCGUACGCCAGCGGCCUCUUCAAACUCCACCUCGACAUGCCUCCCAACUACCCAACCGCCCCUCCCACAGCAACUUUCCGCACCCGGAUAUGGCAUCCGAACGUCGACGAGUCGAGCGGCGCGAUCUGCGUCGACACGCUGAAGCGCGAUUGGAAUAACAGCUUGACGUUGCGACACGUCCUUGUCACGAUCAAUUGCCUGCUCAUCGAGCCGAAUCCCGCCAGCGCUUUGAAUGGGGAGGCAGGCAGGCUAAUGGAGGAAGACUAUGCGGCGUUUGGGAAACGCGCACGAAUGAUGUGUGGUGUGCACGCGGCAUGUCCGCCAGAAUGGGCAGAGAGAGCUGAGGAUGCGAGGCGGCGCGGUGACGAAGAUCCGCAAAAUGCGAAAGAGAAAUUGAAAUCGGGCCCGGCACGACCGAGCCGAAGACUGAACGCGGUGGCGGGAACAACGUCGCAGGGGAAGGGAGCCGGGCGUGGCUCCGAGGAGAAUUCGCAGGCUAUAGUGUCAGCCGAGCCAGUCCCAGAUGAUCCCCUCGAUGUGUCGACGUCCGCCAACUCCUCUAAGCUGAAAACCAUCCCGAAUCCCGCAGGAUCCAUCCCGACGACGCAUAGCGCCUCCUCCAUCCACAACAUCCCCGAAGGCAGGUCGAGUGUCCGCGCCCGGAAAGCCACGUCGAGUCGCCGACGGACCUCACAUGCUACCGUGUCCAGUACAUCGGGGACGCCGUCGCUCAUUGAUUGGAAAGUGGGGUUGGAGAAGGAGCGGACACCGGAGCGGCAGAACCGGUAUCGGGUGGAGAAGAGGCGGAUGAGGGCGGCGAGAAAUAACGUUCGGGACUACAAUCGGGGCACGUUUGGACCACGUUUCGGGUUGGAUCGAUUAUGAUUGGGAGACUUUUGGUGUUGGAUACGCCAAUAUCACACCCGAGUCUCGACGUAGGGAUGGUCCAUACAUAUCUCAGCACCGAUGCAGUUCUUGGGAA